GUGGGUUGUUCGUGUGUUUCGCCGGAACCACCCGUCGUAGUGGGCUUAUCUUUAAAUCGAGCGGCGGUCGACGGUGCGCGUGAAGUUGGUCAUUGGCCGAGCGAACUUAGAAUUAGACUUGGAAAACCCGCUGGCUGGCAAAAACUGUGUGCAUUAGUGUGGUUCGGUGAUCUUCCUGGAACGAUAUUCUGCUCUUUCGGACAAUGUGGAAAGCGCCUCUCGUGUAUGUGCCAGUUUGUGAGGUGUGAACCGACAAAGUGAAGCCCCCACCGUCCAGGCUGUCGUGUCUGGCGCACGGGGUUGCGCAUUCUACGAAGGAAUGGCCCUGUGUGUGAACAUUAUGGUUUUUUCCUGACACGUUUAGUUUUGGACAUCUCAAGUGCCAAUGUGCGUUUUACGACGGGACUGAAGCUGCUGAAAUACACAACACCCGCCUGAAGUCGGCGGAGCGGAUUCCGAGACCGGAACGGAAAAGGAUAUUUUGUGCGCAAAAACGGCAUUUUUAGCACGAGUAAAUAGAGGAGAGGGUCUCUGCAGAGCGAACCGAACUGCAUAUGCUGACAGAGACGAACAACGACGCGACAAUCGUCCCAAAUUGAUCCACUCCGCCGUGGAUCAUCGAGUCUCACGAAGAGUUUCAAGAGGUGAAGCGACCAUUGAGUAGUGCUUGUUGCCAGAGAUGUUGCCGCAGUAAUGGUGGUGCACGAUCGCUUAAUAGAAUAAUGCACCAGCCUGAUUUGCCCAAGAGGGAACCCUGGCCAGUGGAUUCGCGUGUAAUAAUAUGACCAACCCAGCUGAUGGCGGUGGUAAAGUGCUCGUGAACGUAAGCAGCGCCAGAAGCAAGGGAUCGGAAAGCGGAAAGAAGCGAUCGUCCGUCCAGUCCAAAAAUGUGCCUGAUUCCCGGUCGUCAACUGCAUCGGGAAGCACCAGCAUCGGUGGUAGUGGUGCUGGUGGAGGGAUCGUCACUUCAGCAUCGUCUGCCGGUGGCUUUCAAUCGUUCUUCCGCUGGUUCCGUCGCGAUGAAUCACGUGUGCUUGCCCGUAGUACCAGCGGCAGCCAGGUCACACCGGAACUACUUGACAGGCAUGUGCAGCAGCGACAGCCACCGCGAAGUCCCUCAGUAUCUCCUGUGGCCACACCAGCCGCUGGUUUGAGAGAAUCGUUCACAAGAGCAACACCACCGGCACAACUAGCGCCAGCACCUCCCAGUCGCGAACGACAGCGAACGGCAGCAACAGCCGGCGGUGACAACGUGAGCCAGACGGCAAGCAAUGGUACCCACAGUUCCUCGCCCAGUCCAGGCCCGGUAAUUGAUUGUCAGAAUCUUUCGAAGAGCUCUAGCUGCGACAGCAUACUAAGUACGGCAACGAACGGAUUCGCAUUCGUUCCACCGAACUGCUACGAGGCCGUCCUAGUGGCGAGUGCCGGUGGCGAUAGUGAACGAUUCCGGGAACCGCGCACCAUCCAGCCAGGACCUUACACCGAUAGCUACAAGCGACGCUGCUGGCAGCGUGAUCAGGCCCGAGAACUCGACCGGAAGUACGAAUUAACGCUGCGAAAGAAAUACCGUCUGUUCCCGAAUUUACCCAGAGACAGUCCGCCCGUAGGUGAUGGACAUGAUGCAACGCUGACAAGGGAUAAUCAGCGGACUGUGUACACCGAUUUAAGUCUUCCGACGAGAUCGAUUGAAGCGAGCACGAAUCAACGAAACGGAGCUUACGUUGGACAGCCGGAGGAGGCGAGCACGGAUCCGGUCAACCGACGCCAUCGGCGUACCGUAAGUGAUAGCUCGAAGGAUCGGCGUGCCGGAGCGUACGUACACGUGAAGGGAAAAAGAAAAGCUCCUCCGCCUCCACCUCCCAACGGUUUAUCUCAAGAGGACGGUUCUUCCACCGGUGGAACGUUAACUCGAUCAUCGACAUCCAACUACGGUACACUGUCUCCCGGAUCGACGCUUUCGCGUAGGAAGCGGCCAGCUCCGGCUCCACCUGCUACACCUAUUGCGGUCCUUAACGAACCUUCAGCAGGAUCCAGUACAAGCUUAUUGGAGGAUAAAGAAAUCAAAGCGAUCAUUGAGGGCCGUCCACUGCCAGUUCACACCGAGGAACCGCCGCGAUUAAUUAUGCCUCUCCCACUGAUCCGACCGCUCUCACCAUUACCCAAUAUUUCCGAGGAACGAGCCCCACCCGGUGGGCUGACGGAGGAACAGAAACAGCAGCUGAUCGAUAACAUUCGCAAGGUCCAAUCGCAAACAGCCCAACAACAAGAGGAUGAUCCUUGCGAUGUAAUGAAGAUGGAGGAACGGUUUAAUCGUGCCAAUGGAACACGUUCCCCAAUCCAUGACUAUCUAUACGCGGAGGCGAUGGCCAGUGCUAAUGCGCAAGCCACAUCGAGCGCGAAUACUGCGGCGACUGCGGCGACUGCGAUGUCGAUGGGAACUUCGACGGCUGGUGCUGCUCCGACUUCGCCGAUCGCACCGAGACCAUGGUACAAGCGACCGAUCUCCGGGAUGCGGCACCAGGACAGCUCAUUGCCGUUCAAGCGCGACGUUAUUCUUAGAACGCUUGACAAACGAAAGGGAUCGCAGAUUGCAGGAGGAACCAGCGGCCCUUCCAAGGACCCGUGUGAUGAUCUACCGGAGGUUGGCUUCCAUCGGAAUUCGUUGCUACACCCAACCGAUGGGCCAGCAAUGGCUAGCAAUAGCACGAACAGCACCAGUCCUGCUUCCUCGCUCGGUUCACGAGGAGGAGGUGGAGGAGGAGGGAGCAAGUUCAAUCUUUUUUCCAAGAUAACGGAAAAGGCGGACUCGGAGAAGCGUCGAUCCGCGAUCGGUAUACCAAGCAUCAGUGAACUGGAUCGUGAGGCGGCCGAGAUCAUACAGAGCGAGCGAGCGGCUGCCCGAGAAAUCGAGAAGCCCAAGUCGACCAAAGAGCUGAUAUCGAAGUUCGAGGCUACCAGUACUCCGGUGGUCGGUAAAGUUACCGUGAGCAGCACGUUCGUGGCGAAGAAGGAGUACUUUGGUGUGGAGCCACAAAAGAAACUAACCACUCCAACGGAUCCACCUCAACAGGCUUCACAAUCUACGGUUGCGGCACUGACUCCGGAGAAAACGCCCGACACAAGCAAAGCAUCGGGCGUGACAAGCGACAAGAACUUGCUCGGCCUUUGGAUGUGCCCUUACUGUACGCUAGAGAAUCCUAACUGGCGCAUCAUCUGUGAGGCAUGCGAGCGCAUCAAACCGUACGAUAGUGCGCUAAGCAUACUCGAGGAGCCACCACUGCAUCCGAAUCAUCCACUGAAGCGUCCGAUUCCGAUUCCGGCCGAACCGAAACGUACCACCACGGUACCAUCCGAUGACACGUGGGAUCGGAAGCAGGAGCGUGUUCUUAAGUACUUUGUACCCAAACCCUCAACCGGACCAGCCACCAACGGGACGCUACUGGUGGGAGCGACUGAUAUUAAUGGGAACACCGGUUUGCCAAACCGGAAGCCCUCUUUUGGCCAAACUAAACUCCUGGCCUCACCGAAGAUGGGAGUCAAGAGUUUGAUGAAUCGUGGAGCCGUACAGGAUGUGGCAACGCCGUCGACUUCUGCAGGUCUGCAUCGUCACUUCAAUGGAAUGGCUCCCAGUGAAGUGCAGCCAACGGCGAACAGCAACAAGUUUGACGAUCAAAAGCUUAAAGAAAGUGGAAAUGCUUUCGUGGCGGCACCACUCGCUUCACCAGAACCAACCGAAGAGGGUUACUCCGCUGGUGUGGUUGGAUCGGAUCGAAUCAAUCUCGAGGAGAUACGAAGCGCACGCAUUGCAAGGUUUGGUGUGGUGCCGGACACAGACUCGAGUAGCUCGAGUAGUAAACCUGAAGAUCAACGCCCAUCAGAAUCGCCGCAACCGGAUGCACUAGAGCGUGAGAAGGAGCGCUUGCGAGAAAUGAUCCGAGCAAUGAAUGCUAAGGCACUGGCGGAAAGGUACCCGGUGGUGCAGAAGCCUCCGACAGCCAGCACCACCACUAGCACCCCCGGCAGCAAUAACCCCAGCAAUAGCCUGAAGCGCGACUCUCCGUUGGUGCAGCGGAAAAAUGGUCUCACAUCCGGUAUACCGAUUAGCACGAAAAGCUCGAGUCCACUCCCUCGGCGUAAAGUAGGUAGUCCGCUGAUGGCUCGUCGAGCCGCAUCACCAGCACCUCCCAACCCAGAAUCCAACCCGACCGGAGCCAUCAGGAAAACUACCGCCUUCGUGCUACAACCACCGAGUGAGAGUAAGAUCAUGAAUCACGAUACGACGCGGAGUCACACCUAUGGUUCGAUACCCGAAACAGUGCUGGAGCUGAACCAAAUGCUGGCUUCACCACCGGAACCAACAGCUGGCCCCUCGUUGGUGCUAACGAACGAUGUGCAGGCAAUGCACUACGAACCGAUGGAUGAACAGCAAUUUGUACGAUCCACAGCUGCUCCUGUUCGUCAGACAUGCGAUAGUGCUAUCCCAUUGUCACCACGGUUGCAGGAUCGUCAUCGGAAGACCUUGAUGGAGAAGCAGCAGCAACAUGAUGAGAAGGUGCGCCAGAUCUCGGAUCAACUACGAUCGCAGCAGGGUGUCGAUCGGUUCCGAAGCACGCUGGCCCUCUAUCCCAGUGCUAAUAUGGGUCGCACCGGAACGCUGGCUUUAAAUAAGCUGCUCCGUAAUCUGGAACAAGCCAUCAGCGAGGGAGCACACGACCGUGCGGCCGAAUUGGCGAUGGAUUUAGCUAAGAUGAAGGUGUCGCUCUCGGUCACGCGUCAGAGUUCACCUGGCUUGGGCGACAUAAGUCUCAAAGUCUUUAUAGAUGAUAAGUUAUCGCACAAGGGUCCACUGCGUGUCGUGAUGGCUACACUCGGUACGCUGGGUCAGCUAAAGCAGAAGAUGUGCAACGAGUAUCAACUGCCGGUGGCCGUACAGCGCUGGCGCUGUGCAGAUCGGUCCCUCGAGGAUGAUGACCGUACGCUAUUGGACUAUGGAAUCCAGACGAACGAUCAAACGCUGCACGUGUAUCUAGUGCAACCGCCGGAAGCACGACCAGUCCUUGCUCAGCCAUGCUUCAACCGAACUGAAACGAAGCUACUUACCGUCGUGUCAUCCGAAUCAUCCGAUGGUGAACACUCGGAUACACAGAAUGAUGAUGCCACUGUUCUGGGGGCAACUGCGCUGCCGAAGCCUACACCCAGAUCUUCACGACCAAAGGAAGCAACAAUCGCAGAGGAACCACAACCGCCAAAUGAGGAAGGAUGGGCAUGCUCAGUGUGUACGCUCAUUAACGAACCCGAUCGUCCGGGAUGUGCCGCAUGCUCCGGAUCCCGACCCGCUUCCUACAUUCCUCCAUCGGCAAGGCGUCGACUGCAAACGGCGACGACGACGACGGUUACGGUUACGCCGGAGGAUCUGAAACGAUUCCUAGAUGAACAGCCGCCCCUAACACGACCAGUGCCUCCGGUGGCAGUUCAGUUACGGUCUCCUCCACUAGAAACUCGAAACGAUCUAAAUCGGAUCUCCUCAAAUCGCAAGUCUUCGGAUAUUUUUAACAUCCUACUAGACGAGAGUAAGGCCAUUGGAACAUCCGGACAGCCUGCAACUGCUGCUGCGACUACGCCUCCCGUACCCAAGCCACGUACGGCUACCGAUUUAGUGCGCCCGGUACACAUCCAGGUACCGGAGCAGAGCCGAAUCGUUAUGACGGCAUUGACCUCGCACCGUAGUCCGAACAUUACGCGCAGUCAGUACCGUGGGGUGGACAACUUUAAUCCGAACUCGAGCGGACUGCCAAAGCCGGAGCGACCGAUCAUUACCACGGCAAGUCCGAUCGUACGGGCGGUACUAUUGAAGCAGCCCCUCCAUCUUCCAGGGGACCCACAGCAGCAGUACCCGGUACGGUUUGGUCGCAAUGGACUUGCGCUGCCCGAGGAUGGCACGGAGGUGAUGCAGAAUCACUACACCGAGCUGGUGAACCUGGACAACGCGGAUUUGAUCGCGAAUAUUGAACCGUUCGAGUGUCCGAUCUGCUUCGGGCCGUUCCAGCCGUACGAGGGUAUAGUGCUGCGGGACUGUUUGCACUCCUUCUGCAAGCAGUGUCUGAUCAGCACGAUUCAAUACAGUGACGAGGCCGAGAUACGUUGCCCGUACAGUGAUGCAGUCUACAGCUGUGAGAGUGUUAUACAGCAACGUGAAAUCAAAGCCCUGGUCAGCAAGGAGCUGUACGAGGCGCAUCUGGCCAAGUCGAUUCAGCAGGCGGAAAGCAAGAUCGACAACACGUUUCACUGCCGCACGCCUAACUGUCGCGGUUGGUGCAUUUACGAGGACAACGUGAACCAAUUUAAGUGUCCGGUUUGCACGAUAGUCAACUGCUUAACUUGUCGGGUCAUACAUGAUGGGCUUGAUUGUAAGCAGUACCAAGACCGCAUGAACAGUGACUGUGAUACUAACAUAGAGGCGAGACGCACCAAAGCAAUGCUGCAGGAAAUGAUCGAGAAGGGCGAUGCGUUGAAUUGUCCCACGUGUCAGGUGAUCGUGAUGAAGAAAUGGGGAUGCGAUUGGCUUAAGUGCAGCAUGUGUAAAACGGAAAUCUGUUGGGUAACGCGUGGAGCCCGCUGGGGACCGGCUGGUAAAGGUGAUACCAGUGGAGGUUGCCGGUGCGGUGUGAACGGAAUCAAGUGCCAUCCAAAGUGUAACUACUGCCAUUGAGCGUAAGCAGAUGUUUGGGGUCCAGUUGCUGGAGAACUCUGGAGAGUCUCUGGUUUCAAAGCAUACGUAUAGGAAUCUAGUGUAGCACAUUAUUCUCCGUUCGGUGAGAGUAUGGUUUGUCUCCUUUGAGGUAGAUUUUGAUUGCUGUUUAUGUACUGGUCCGAAGAUGUGCGACAGAUAGAGAGCGAAGGACUUAGCAGCACAAUAUAUUGAGGAGUUGAAUGUACAAGAUAACAUAUCACAUUUAAACACUUCGGCUGCAAAUAAUAAGACGAAAUUGGAGAUGUCCAA